CGAACGAGCGGCCCCACCCCGCCUGGGCUGUGAGGCGGAGGUCGGGGUUGGGCCGAGGGUCCGGGCAGCCCCCUACCUCUCCUCCCAGCGUAGGGUAGCGGCACGAUGGCGGCAGCAGCAGCAGCAGGGGGCUCCUUGGGGUCCGGGCCCGGGGGGGCUGCCGGCGUGGCCGGGUCCCCAGCGGGUCCGUGCGGGGUAACGUCGGGAGUCUCUGGGGGUCUCGGGCCGGUCCCGGUGCCCAUGAACCUUUUCGCCACCUGGGAGAUCGAUCGGUCGGCUCCUAGCUGUGUGCCCAGGCUGUGCAGUCUCCGCCUGAAGAAGCUGACUGUGUUGAGGGAACUGGACAAAGAGCUAAGCUCUGUGCUCAUUGCUGUAAAGAUUCAGGGUUCAAAGAGAGUUCUGAGAUCCAAUGAAUAUGUUCUCCCCCCUGGUGGCUUGAUGGAGACUGACCUGGAAUUGACAUUUUCAUUGCAGUAUCCACACUUCCUGAAGAGAGAUGGCAAUAAGCUCCAAAUUAUGCUCCAACGGAGAAAGAGAUACAAGAACCGCACUAUUCUGGGCUACAAGACUCUGGCAGUGGGAAUCAUCAACAUGGCUGAGGUAAUGCAGCACCCGACAGAUGGAGGCCAGCUCCUGGGACUGCACAGUAACAUCAAGGAUGUAAACAUCCGGGUAGCCGAAAUCAGCAUUUAUUCCCUCUCCAGCCAGCCCAUUGACCAUGAAGAUGGAAAUGUCCCCUCUGGUCCCAAAAUCAAAGCCUCUGAUCGCUCUCCAGAUAUUGAUAACUACUCCGAAGAAGAAGAUGACAGCUUUUCUUCUGAGCAGGAAGCUAGCGAUGAUGCAGUGCAAGGCCAGGAUUUAUAUGAUGAAGACGACGAAGUGAGGAAGCCAAAGAAAGCCCGGCGGAAAAUGAUCAGGACCACAUCAAUGACCAGACAACCAAACUUCAAGCAGAAAUUUGUUGCAUUGCUGAAGAGAUUUAAAGUGACUGAUGAGGUUUUGGAUUCUGAUCCAGUGGAUCAGACUCAAGAAGUGGAGGAAGACUUGGGUCUCCUUUAUGAUAGCCUAGAGGAAUGCAACAACAGUGACAGUGGUCCUGAGAUAGAAGAUAACGAAAGCGUCCACAGCACUCCAAAACCUACCCUAAGGCGCUUCUUUGAGGGCGUCUCACACUCUGGUUCCCAGACUGAGAUCAGCAGUCUGCACAGCCAGAAAGGGCAGGAGCGAGAGUCGGGCAGCCCUGGAGAAGCAGAAAAGCGGAAGGCAGGUGUUCCUCGCACCCAAGAUGAAGCUGCUAUGGAAACAGCGGCAAUGGAAUUGGAAGUGGACGAAUCCUGCCCAGGAGCAACUGAGACAUCCCUGAAGGACAGCAGUGUGGACAGGCUAGCCCAGCUGAGCAGCGUCACUAAGCCUGAGUUCCCAGCCACUGUUUCCCCCAGCAAAGUUGAGAACAAGCAGUUGUGGCGGCCCCGCAGCAUGUCUGUCAAGGACAGGCAGAACUCCAAGGGCCAGGGGGACCGGACCAGCAGCCUGGACAGCGAGAGCUCCCCAGACUCCCGGCAGAGCACUCAGGUGCCCCGCAAGUCUGUAUAUGAUCAGCUGAACCAGAUCCUGGUCUCGGAUGAGCAGCUGCCAGAGAGCAUCAUCCUGGUAAACAUCAGCGAGUGGCAAGGCCAGUAUCUGUGCGAUCAGCUCCAGGAACACAAGCAGCCCAUCGUCUCCACCUGCUCCAUGGCGGAUGUCCAGGCUGCUUUCAACACUAUUGUUGCUCGCAUCCAGAGAUACUGCAACUGUAAUUCCCACAUGCCUCCUCCAGUGAAGGUGGCUGUGGCAGGGGACCAGAGUUACCUGAGCAUCGUCCUGCGCUUCUUUGUGGAGCAGCUGGCGAGCAAGACCCCAGACUGGCUCAACUACCUCCGUUUUCUGGUGGUGCCCUUGGGUUCCCACCCCUUGGCCAAGUACCUUGGUUCUGUGGACAACAGGUACAGCACUUUGUUCCUGGACACCGCGUGGAGGGAGCUUUUCAGCAGAGCUGAGCCCCCUAGCUCAGACACUGCGGAUGUCCCUGGCCGAGUUGCCCAGUUCAUUGCGGGUGCCAGCCUGUCCCACCAGCUGCCCAUUUCUGAAGCCAUGUUGACCUACAAGCAGAAGAGGAAAAGAAGCCUCUAUUUUGAUUUUUAUAUCAGCCCGGAUGAGGAUUCCUGCCAGAAAUUUGUGCCAUUUGUUGGGGUGGUGAAGGUGGGGCUCGUGGAGCAGUCCUUCAGCACUUCAGUUGAUUCUGAUGACGCUACCAUCUGCACCACCUCGCUACUUAGCUCAUCCUCUCCAUCUGGGGGAGGGGUCCCCUAUACCAAGGAGGUAGUGGGUACCCCACCGCCCUCCCCGUCGGUGAGCAGUGGGCUUUCGGGAGCAGGCUCUCUGAGUCCUGGUGUGGAGGUGAUGGGUCUACAGGUUGAUUACUGGACAGCUCAGGGGCCAGAAAAAAGAAAAGAGGCUGACAAGCGGGAGACAGGCAUCAAGAACACCCUGAAAAGCAAUUUCCGCUCCCUCCAGGUCAGCCGCAUCCCCAGCCCCGGCGAGCUGGCCCCGCCCAACACUAUGGCCAUGACCGUGGUCACCAAGGAGAAGAACAAGAAAGUGAUGUUUCUGAGCAAGAAACCGAAAGAGAAGGACUUGGAACCCAAAAGCCAAGUGAUAGAGGGGAUCACACGUCUGAUCUGCACAGCCAAGCACCAAAACACCAUGCUGCGUGUUUGUAUUGAUGGAGUGGAGUGGAAUGAUGUGAAGUUUUUCCAGCUGGCUGCACAGUGGCCAACACAUGUCAAGUAUUUCCCAGUUGGCAUCUUUGGCUACACAAAGAAUGUGUGAUAAAACAAAGCAAACGGGCAGUUUGGAAGGACUGGAGCUCAACCACACAGAAUGGAGAGAACACCCAGCUCCGUUGCUUCUGCUGAAGACUGACUUGCCCAGUGCCAGAGCCCAAAUCUGGCUCA